AUGGUUGAGCGUUGGAGGCCAGAGACUCAUUGCUUCCAGUUUCCUUUUGGUGAGGUCACGAUUACACUGCAGGAUGUACAUGUAAUGUUUGGUUUGCACAUCGAUGGUGAUGAUGUGUACAUGCAGGAUGUUACACGGAGGAUUCGUCCAUGUUGUAAGUACAGUUGCGGCAGUGCAGUGUUGGCCUACUUGUACCGUGCACUUUGUCGGGCAUCUAUCGAUAAUGUGGUUGACAUUUGCGGAUUUAUUCCUCUCCUUCAGGUUUGGUGUUGGGAGAGGAUCUUGCAUGUACAACCAUCAGCUCCUUCACCGCAUGAUGGUGACACAUUACUUCCAUAUGCUAGGCGUUGGACGCGUGGAAUUGAUAGGGAUACUGAGUCACAUCAUGUUCUUAUCCCGAUUAGGGACCAACUAGACGGCAUGAUGGAGGAUCAGUUUCGAUGGACACCGUAUAAUGAGAUUUUACAUACACUGCUUCGUUGUUGUACAAUCGAUGAGACUUUAUGGAUGGCAUGCGUGCCUAUUCUUUGCCUAGAGAUUGUUGAGGUGCACACGUUUGAUAGAGUGAUGCGUCAGUUUGGUCGUCCCCAACAUGUACCUGCGAUUCCUAGUUGGGGAACCAACCACCACGUGCAUGAUCAGCGUAGGAGGCUUGGACCGGAGGUUCUUGAAAUGUUGGUUAAAUAUUUUGAUGAUUGGGGUAAUCGACAUCAGAGUUUAGAGCAUUGCAAUAGAAGGUUGCUUAUAGGUAAGCCUGCAUUGGAUGAUAUGUCUCAAACACCCGGAAGAAAAAAGAUUGUUACAAGAAUUGUAAAGAAUGUGAACAUAAAUGAUCUUCUGGCCAAAAAGAGGAAGAGGGACAAUGAAGAUGAGGAUGGAUGGAUAUACGGGACUUAG